CGGAGAAGAGUCACUCCGUUUUAUUCCACAUUAUCUCGAAUUUUACAAAUUUUUGCACAAAUGCUCUAACACAGUGUGCUUUAUAAGCAUAUAACCUAUAUCGAGACGUUUUAUAUUUGCACGGAAUUCCAUUUUGAGCGAGUUAUUAGACGAAAAUGAGUUUCCAAUUUGGGAGUUCGAAUUUUGGCAACACGGCCGUUCUCGAGGACUUGAACGGCGAAAACCGACAUGCAAUGAGGAAAACAAAGCGCGAUGAUGCAGCUUUGAACCGAGCUAAUGUUCCAAAUGCAAGUAAACGAGCAGCUCUUGGAACCAUUACGAACCAAACGAGGGUGCAGCCGUUUCGAGCCGCGAAAGGCCAGGCCCCAAGAAACACGAUAGACCCAUUUGCCAGCGGCAACGAUGAAAAUGCAUUUGCGGGAAAAUCAAACAAAACUGGCGGGUUCUGCAUCCCAACGUCACAACCUUUCUCCAUCCAUAUCGACAAUGAACCAGCUAAAUCAGCACAGAUCAUCAAACCAGCUGAACACCAACUAGAGCUUCGACCAGAUGUGACCAAGUUAGGCCUACCACGCGUGCCAUUGUCUUCUGCCUUCCCAUGUGCUGCUUCAAAACCAAGCGAAACUGCAGAAUCGCCCAUGGUUCUCGACUUAUCCUCGGAUGAAUCUAUGAGCGAGCGAACAGCAGAUGAAACAAGGAAAGACAUAAUAACGUGUGUGCCCGAAUACACAGACGACAUCUAUGAAUAUCUGAGAGAAGCAGAGACGCGACAUCGACCAAGAGCCAACUACAUGAAGAAACAGCCUGACAUCACCAACAGUAUGAGAAGCAUCCUGAUCGACUGGUUAGUGGAGGUCGCCGAGGAAUACAAGCUUCACCGAGAGACGCUAUGUUUGUCCAUCAACUACAUUGACCGCUUCCUCUCCUCAAUGUCUGUUCUUCGUGGUAAACUGCAGUUGGUUGGUGCUGCCAGUAUGUUCUUAGCAGCUAAAUAUGAAGAGAUCUACCCGCCAGAGGUUGGUGAGUUUGUUUACAUCACCGACGACACUUAUACAAAGAAACAGGUGCUGCGCAUGGAACAUUUGAUUUUGAAGGUGCUAUCUUUUGACGUUGCCGUGCCAACGAUCAACUGUUUCUGUGAUUGGUAUUUGAAGAGAAUUGGUGCUGAUGAGGAGAUGUCGAGUUUAGCAAUGUACCUUGCUGAGCUGACGUUGGUCGAUACAGAGACGUAUCUCAAGUAUAAUCCUAGUGUAAUAAGUGCGGCCGCUACAUGCCUCGCUAACUUGACCGUCAAUUCUGAAUUCUGGACGUCAGAAUUGGAACAUGCCACGAAGUACCAAUACCAUGAAGUUGAGCCAUGUCUACAAGAUUUACUCAAGACUUACAAGGCAUCAGCUUCCAACCCCCAGCAGGCCAUCCGCGAAAAGUACAAGUCUAGCAAAUUCCACAAUGUUUCCUCCCUCACCCCACCCACACAGUUACCUGUGAUGAUGCAAUGAGCUCAUCUACUCCGUCAAAUUGUUAUGACGUAGUCUCAAAUUGGUUGUAGAAUCACUUCCGUCCUGCCAAGGAGGCCAGAUCAUGUGUAUUUCAUCGAGGAAAUAAAUCUGGAUCGAAUCAACGAUAUGUGAAAUGAGGAAACAUUGGAAUAGUUGACUGUUUUGUUGUUGCAAGUUUCAUGUUGGACUCGCAGGCACGUUUUGGUGUCUGACCUGUAUUUAAUGGCAUAAGGACUUUUUAGCACUUUUAUACACCACUUGUUGUGUCUGUCAUCGUCUGUUCAGCUGACUUUUAAAAUGACACACAGUGGUUCCUGCAUUUGGCGAUGCUUUUUACCGUCAUGUCGUGCGCAGAUCAGUCUUUUACUCCAGACAAUAUGCCGAAGAUGCGAUGCCAUAUUUGACAUAUUUUAGGUCUUUACCCUACGAGUUGCAAAGUCGUUGCGGCAGUCUGCAUCAAUUUCAAAAUCAAUCGUGCAAUUCUCAAGGUUGCAAUCAUGUCUAUGAGCCUGUGGCUUGCUUUAUCUUAUUCUAUUAUGGUGUGAUUGUAAACCUGUUACUUGUGGCUGCCCUUUAUACCCGUCACGAUUUUCUGUCUCGCUUCUUUUUGUGUAGAUACUAAAGUCUCCUUGCGAGAGGCAGAAUUCAAAAUGACUAUUUUUGUAAAUAUUUGUUUCUAAUAUUAUCGGCAUAUGGAUUGUAGACGUAAUUUAAUUUCAAAUCCCUAUGUUUUGUAUAUAGCUUUUUGUUGAUCGUAGUCCAACUGCCCAAGAUUCUACACAUUGUUAACAUACUGCCGAUGCAGUUGACACAGCAAACUGAAUUUUGGCCAAGUUCAUUGCAGUACAAUCAAGUUGGUUUUCAAUGGACAUUCCUGUCAAAGCUGCCGUUUGCCCCAAGAGUAAAGUCGUAGUGUUCUGUAGUCUGUGUGACCGUUUUUCAUCGUACUAAGCAAUUUUCACCGGCAUUGUUUUUUCCGACAACUUAACGAGAUAAACCAAUGGCCAAAGUCCAGUGCCUGUGAAAAUUGCGCUUGGUAUAAAAUCAGUCCCAUGUGACUUCUUGAUUUUACUGCAAUGAACUUGACAGUGUUAACUGUGCUGGUUCCAAUUUGUUUGGGUUCUCCUUGUUACAAUGUCUUUAGUGAAUCAAAGUUCCAGGGUCUCUGUAUGUUGGUUGUUAAUGGUUUAGUGUGGCCCACACAUUCUACACCACUGCAAAUGUUACUGAUAACAGCUUUCUCCUCGUUUCCUUCCACUAUGCUGUCACAUCUUUCAUGGCCACCUUGCCUCUCCCUAUAAACUCUGUUGGUUGUCCUGGUUUUCAGUCUGAUUUUGCCCACAUUUUUCACCUUGGAAAUUGGUCUGGUAGUGGACCUGCCAGUCAUGAACUAAUUGUGAAUCUAUAUGCCUGUCUUGUGUAAAUAGAUAUGUAUCCUGAACUGCACUGGCUCACUUGUCUUGAUCAUGUAAUCAAUGAACACAAUGUGAGCAUCUGGGGAAGAAAAAAAUGGUAAUCUUAAAAAAUCGAUGCAAUCUUGCUUUUAGCAAACAGCCUGUUGCCUUUUAAUUUGCAUGCAAGUCUCUCAUUGGAAGUCAUAAAAACAGAUCAGAACUGUCACGACAUUGCUUUUAUUUUAUCAGUUGAGAAUGUUUCAGUAGCCACUGAUAUGAAUCCAACAUGCUAAUUUUCAGUUUUGCAUGUCCUUUUACUGCUUUCUUUGAUUUGCGUGCAGUUUUAAUCCCCAUCUUAAUGUUUUUAUGCCUGAGCAGAAUGUGUAAUAAACCUGUGAAUA